AUGGCAGACGAAGCAAGCAAAGCAUUGGUAAUAGACAAUGGAUCUGGUAUGUGCAAGGCAGGAUUCUCAGGCGAUGAUGGUCCAAGAGCUGUUUUUGCAAGCAUAAUAGGUAAGCCCAGGCACCAUGGAGUUAUGGUAGGUAUGGGUCAAAAGGAGUCCUAUGUUGGAGAAGAGGCCCAGACCAGAAGAGGUAUUCUUACGCUUAAGUAUCCAAUUGAGCACGGAAUUGUCAAUGACUGGGACGCAAUGGAGAAGAUAUGGCACCACACCUUCUACAACGAGCUAAGAGUUGCACCUGAAGAGCACCCAGUGCUUAUGACAGAGGCACCUUUGAACCCAAAGCUGAACAGAGAGAAGAUGACCCAGAUUAUGUUUGAGACAUUCAACUGUCCAUCCUUUUACGUGGCCAUCCAGGCUGUUCUGUCUCUUUACUCUAGCGGUAGAACCACUGGUAUUGUUCUGGACUCUGGAGAUGGUGUUACCCACACUGUUCCUAUCUAUGAAGGAUACUCUCUCCCCCAUGCUAUCUCUAGACUAGACUUGGCCGGAAGAGACUUGACCGACUACCUUAUGAGAAUCCUCACAGAGAAGGGAUACACCUUCACUACAACUGCUGAGAGAGAAAUAGUCAGAAGCAUUAAGGAAUCUCUGUGCUACGUUGCACCAAACUUCGAUGCAGAGAUGGCCAAGCCAUCCAGCGAGCUUGAGAAGAGCUAUGAACUGCCAGAUGGCCAGAACAUAACCAUUGGAAAUGAGAGAUUCAGAGCCCCAGAGGCCCUCUUCCAGCCAUCUUUCAUGGGACUGGAAACUGUCGGUAUCCACGAAACAUGCUUCAACUCAAUUAUGAAGUGUGAUGUUGAUAUUAGAAAGGAUCUCUACUCAAACAUCGUUCUUUCAGGAGGUACUACUCUGUACCAGGGAAUGCCUGACAGAAUGCAGGAUGAGAUCUCUAAGCUGGCUCCUGCCUCCAUGAAGGUGAAGGUUGUGGCAAACCCAGAGAGAAAAUACAGUGUGUGGAUUGGUGGUUCAAUUUUGGCUUCACUUGGUACUUUCCAGCAGAUGUGGAUCAGCAAGGCUGAGUACGACGAGUGCGGACCUUCAGUUGUCCACAGAAAAUGCUUUUAA